AUGCUACGCUUGGCCGCAAGAAGACAUUGUUCAAGUGGGAUUCACAGAGAUGUCCAAGAGAAAGUCAGAAAGAGCUCCCGUGUAUCCGACAACCUCCCCGACCUCAUCUACGUCAUUUUCGACUCCAAGGCCAAGGGGGUUAUCCGACAUGCUAGCCAAGCAUUCCAAGACUUCUUUGGUUGGGCCGACUGUGAAGGCCAACAGCUCUUUAGCCCAGCAACUUUACUUCAGUCCGACGAACUGAAGCAGAUCUCCCAUGAGGCUGGGCUUAGUGGUGAUGAGGUUGCGACGAGCCUCCACCGAAUGGCUCAAGCAGCAGAGGAGGCUGUGCAAAGCACAGCUACCGGUGCAAUGCAAAUGCCAUUGCUGCUGCUAAGCCAUUGCACCAGCGGAGAAUUGUUUGUGUGUCAGACUUGCUGGCGAAAGAAUGUGCAUCCGACCUUGGGUUGGUCUUAUUACGCCGGGGUGGUGGAAGACAUGUCACGGGCCAUUUCUGUAGGCCGCCUGGUGGUAGCUGCUUGCAAAGAAACAACUUAUGCAGAACUUUGCACAGGGUGGGCUGAGACAGGUUCCGAUGUGGGAUUGCUCUCCCAAAGGCUUGCUUCCGAUGAGGAACUGCAUGCCGCGGCCGAGAAGAUGUGGAAGGAUGAACUGGCGAAGGGCGUCAAACCCAAAUCCGGCUCGAAGAAAAGGGAAGCAGACAUGAGCUCUAUCUGGAGUCGAAGUACAGCCUCAACCAUCACCAGCUCGAAAGAUGCAAAGCAUGCCAAAGUGGAUGAUCGACCACUUGCAUCGCAUCAUUUCGGGGCUCUUCUUGGCAUGUUGCCCAGUGAAGACAGUGAGAAAAGUUCAAGAAGUGAGAAAAAGCUGGAGGAACCGCCCGAGCCACCUCAAGUGAUUGAACCCGCUCAGCUGCCGACGGCUGAGACAUUUGAAUCAGCUUCAGAGGAUGAGUUCGAGGAGUGUGAAACAAUGUCCCAUAGCUCCAGCGUCAGCGUCGACAGUGGGCCUUUGUUCGACGAGGUGGAGGAUCCAGUGAAGCACAUCGAUCGAGCAAAACUCCGCAACAUGAAUCAGGCUUUUGUGCUUGCAGUGUGCAACAGGCCACCUUCGAUUGGCUCGAAGUGCUCGAGCUCUGGUGUCCUCGACUUUCCCAUUGCCCUGAGGUCUGCAGGUCUUGAAGAAUCUGCAGCGAGCUGGCCGGCGGGACCUGCCUGGAAGGCCCGAGUUGGCAGCAAUGCCAGGGAUGUUUUCCAGCCGGGGCCGGCCUCGGGACCUCGGGCGUCUCUCUUGUGGAAGACCUUCUGUGAGUGCUUCGAAAGUCAACAAUUCUAUAAGACCGAAGCUGGCGGUGGCAUAGCCUUGCUAGGGGACCUUGAAGAACCACUUCCAGCGGGUGAAUUCGCAUUUGUGCAGCCGUUUCAUGGCAGGCUUGGCAAUCCCAUCGACUGUUUGGUGUAUGUGAAGCAUAUUGAGCUUGACGGUUGCCCUUAUCUUCUAGCUCUGCACUCAUACUUGCCGAACGACGACCACAGCCUUGUCGAUGAAUUCCGCAAAUCAAGCUCGCAACUUGAUGAAGUCAUCUUCCAAUUGGCCUCCGAGUUCUUCUACUAUGCUCCAAUGCGGCGCCAGUGGACUUUCCAUGAGGGCCGUGGCAGUACAUCGGGGAUGCAGUGA